UUGUACGAGACGUAGUUUGGGUGGUGUUGGGCCUGCGGAUAACUUGUUUGAUAAAUUGGGUGUGAGAAGAAGCAUAGAUAGUGGAAGACAUGAAUCAAGGACCAUUGCGAACCUUGGUUACAGGAGCUGCAGUUAUCUUGGGUGGAGUAGUUACUUUGAACUUGGCUUCUACUGCUACCCUCAAAGCGCUUAACUUUGCGUCUGAGUUGAAAAGGAAAAAAAUUGCGUUGCCGUGUAGGGCUUGUAGAGGGAAGGGGUUCUAUAUAUGCAAACUGUGCAAUGGGAACGUCACCAUAGCUUGGUCACCAAUGUACGACCCUAUUGCAAUUAACCCCUGCGUUUGUCCUACGUGCGAAGGAAACAGGGUUCAACGCUGUUUGAACUGUCUGGGAAAAGGCUAUGAUUGAUCCGUUCAGAGAUAAAUACUGCUGCAUUUCUUAUGUUCCUUUUGAAUAUGAUUGUAUCAGCCGAGGAGGGAGCUGCUGCUGUUAAUACUCGUACUUCCAGUGGUUUCCACCUUAUUUUUCCUCCUUAUUACUUUUAUGUCUAAAAUUGAGAACGUGUGUCUGCUUAUGUACC